CGAUGCACCUUGUCCAUAUAUAUCUGUAGAAUACUUAAACAAACCAUUUUUUAUAUAAAAAUAGUGAUAAAAGAUCUCAUUCUAAAUUUUCUUCUUUUUAUGCUUGUUUAUGGUGGUGAGGUUUGGUUAUCGCUAUCAGACUUGCUACCGGGUGAAACUCUUGCCAUCAACCAACAACCUCACUUCGUUUGCCUAAUUAGUGAAUGUUGUAAAAAAUUAAACAUCUCGACACAGUAAAUUUGCGAGAUACCUUCUAUGUUCAAUCCUAGGUAUACGCAAGGAACAAUCUAUUCAGGGACGCAUCCAGGGCUGCUUACGCCUGAUCAACAACAUGCAGCCAUUUUGUCAGUACAUAAUUCGCCGGCUUUAGAAAAUGGACAAAUUUCUGAACAUUGGAAACAGCAAAUAGCACUCGCAACUCAGUCAAGAGCUUUCAGCUCUCCUCAUCAACGUGCUCAUAAUGCCGCCGCUUUAGCUCGAACAAGUGGCAUGGGUACGAUGAAUUACAAUGCCAGAAACAAUGGUGCUGCUUACGGAGGAGCUGCUGCUAAUGCCUCAAAUGCCUUGUCUGGAAGAAUGAACUCUACCACAGUAUCAACUACUACUAGUAACAACGUUGGAAACAAUCUGUCUACAUCGAGUAUGAUGGUCACGACUACUACAACGAAGACUGAAGAGAAAAACGGUUCCACUCAUCGCCAAGCGCGACAAGAUUGGACUUGCUUGGAUCUCGGUGGUAUUGGAUUGCGCAACGUCAGCACUGAUUUAUUCAAGUUUUCCUUUUUGACAGAACUGUACAUUAAUCAUAACAAGCUGACACGGCUUCCAUCUGAAAUUGGAAAGUUACGAAACUUGGUAAUCUUAGAUGCGUCUGGAAACAACAUCAAAGCAAUCCCACCUGAACUCGGAUUACUCGUUGAACUCCGAGAGGUGUUAUUAUUUGAUAACAUGAUUACCGUUAUUCCUCCUGAAUUAGGUACACUGUAUCAGCUUAAAAUCUUAGGUGUUGAAGGAAAUCCUUUACAAGAUGUGUAUAAAUCUCAGCUUAUGGAAACAGGAACGACUGGUUUAAUUACAGCUCUUCGUGAUGGUUGUCCUGUUGUUCCUCCUCCUCCUGAGCGUGAAUGGGAAAAGCUUACUUCUGAUAAUGAUGAUGCUAAUGAAAAGUCUUUAAUGGUUGUUUCUGACGCCGAGGGGUCUAGCGUUCCAAAAUUAAAUGGAUCAAAUACUAAUUUUAAGUUUACGGCCAUGAGCUAUAAUAUACUUUGUGAACGUUAUGCUACGUCCACGCUCUAUGGAUAUACUCCUUCUUGGGCUCUUGCCUGGUCUUAUCGAAAGGAUUUGAUUAUGCAAGAACUUGCUGGCUAUAAAGCUGAUAUUAUCUGUCUUCAAGAAGUUGAUGUUGAAAACUUUGAUACCUUCUUUGCUCCCGAGAUGAGUAUUAAAGGAUACAAAGGAGUUCAUUUCCCAAAAAGUCGUGUACGUACUAUGAACGAGGUUGAGCGCCGAGUUGUUGAUGGUUGUGCUACCUUCUUUAAAACCUCAAAGUUUUAUAUGCAUGAAAAGUCCAUUAUUGAGUUCAAUCAAGCGCCUUCGCUUCGAAGACAAAAUAUUAAACUUACCUCGAACAUGUAUAAUCGCGUUAUGACCAAAGACAACGUUAGCGUCUUAACUCUGUUAGAAUCUAAGGAAACUGGACAUCGAUUGAUCGUUGCUAACUGUCAUAUUCACUGGGAUCCUCAAUUCAGAGACGUUAAGCUUAUGCAAGUAGCCAUGUUAAUGGAUGAACUCGCCCAGGUUGCUACUCGCUUCUGUUCGAUGCCCUCGAAACUUCCUCCAGAUUAUUUAAAAGACUCAAGACCAACUUAUUCAGAUUAUACAAAGAUUCCGGUAUUAAUUUGCGGUGAUUUUAAUUCUAGUCCUGGAAGUGGCGUCCUAGAUUUUCUAUCAUCAGGCAAGGUUGAGCCGCAUCAUGAGGAUUUUAUGAAUAAUGACUAUGGUGAUUAUACUUUCAACGGUAGAUCUCACCCUUUCAAUUUGAAAUCCGUAUAUAGCGAAACUCAAGAACUUCCGUUUACGAACUUUACGCCUGGUUUCAGUGGCACGAUCGAUUACAUAUGGUAUACCAAUGCUAACCUUGAGGCAACUGGUUUGUUGAAAGGGGUAGAUCGUAAUUACCUUUCAAGCAUAGUCGGGUUUCCGAAUGCACACUUCCCUAGUGAUCACAUUUGCUUGCUGGCCGAGUUUAAAGUGAAGCAGGAGAAGGCACCUCUAACAAAUCCUAAAUUUAGCAAUGACAGAAAGUGAUUGUUUGUAAAUGAGCUCUUUUUGGGUUGAUAUGUAAGACAUUAAAUAGACUAUCUUUUACGAGUAAGAAUAUUUAAUUGUCUGUAGGAAAUUAUAAGUUGUGUGUUCCACUAAGUAGCUAGUUCGUGCUUAUAUCAAACGUUUAUACAGACAAUUUAACGAUUUAUCAAGAUAAGAAGUACAUUGAAUCAAUCCCCA